AUGAGAAAUCCAGUCCGGCUAUAAAAAUACGGGGAAGAUCACACUGACACGUCACCUCAGACAAUAAUUAAGCUCUUCAGUUGUUCCCGCCGGCCAGAUCUCCGAUAAUCCGUCGCCGGAGACACCUUUUCUUCCAUCUCGUCCUUCCAUAACAGCAAUUCUCUUUCCCCUUAACCGCUUUAUGCUUUAGCAAUGGAGGUGUUCGCGUUCUGCUUGUGGUUUCUUUGACAGGAUUUUCGUACGGAUAUAAUCAGGUGUUUGUCAGGGGUAAGGAAUUCCAAUGACGGCGGAAUAUCAAUGUUGUGAGACACAGUUCUUCAUAAACAUAGCCGUAAUCGUAUUUCUGGUUCUGUUCGCUGGCUUGAUGUCUGGACUGACUUUGGGGCUCAUGUCGAUGAGUCUUGUUGAUCUUGAGGUCCUCGCCAAGUCUGGAACCCCUAGUGAUCGAAAAUAUGCUGCAAAGAUAUUGCCAGUUGUGAAAAAUCAGCAUUUGUUGCUUUGCACCCUGCUAAUUUGCAAUGCUGCUGCCAUGGAGACACUCCCCAUUUUCUUGGAUAGUCUGACUAGCGCUUAUGGGGCUAUUCUGAUUUCUGUUACUUUGAUCCUUCUGUUUGGAGAGAUUAUACCACAAUCUGUUUGUUCUAGACAUGGUCUGGCCAUUGGUGCUUCUGUAGCACCUGUUGUUCGUAUUCUUGUUUGGAUCUGUUCUCCCGUUGCCUAUCCAAUAAGCAAGCUUCUAGACUAUCUUCUGGGGCAUGAACAUAAAGCUCUAUUUCGAAGAGCAGAAUUGAAAACAUUGGUGAAUUUGCAUGGUAAUGAGGCUGGAAAAGGUGGUGAACUCACACGUGAUGAGACAACAAUUAUUGCUGGAGCACUUGAGCUAAGUGAGAAAACAGCUAGUGAUGCGAUGACUCCAAUAUCAGAAACGUUUGGCAUUGAUAUAAAUGCCAAGCUUGAUAGGGCAUCAAUGACCUUAAUUUUGGAGAAAGGGCACAGCAGAGUUCCAGUUUACUAUGAACAACCUACAAAUAUAAUUGGACUUAUCCUGGUGAAGAAUUUGUUGACUAUCCAUUCAGAAGAUGAAGUGCCUGUAAAGAGUGUUACUAUAAGGAGGAUUCCUAGGGUACUGGAAACUCAACCAUUAUAUGACAUCCUGAAUGAGUUUCAGAAAGGGCAUAGUCACAUGGCAGUAGUUGUUAGAAAGUGCGUGAAGACAAAAGACGACGUUAAGGUGGAUAUUGACGGAGAAAGGAGUCCUCAUGAGAAAGCAGGAGGCUUAAUAAAGAGCAAAAGAUCUCUGCAGAAAUGGAAAAGUUUUCCAAACCCGGGAGGAGGAGGAGGAGAAAACAAUAAUAAUUCUUUCCAAUCGAACAACAACAGCAGCAGGAGCAGGAAGUGGAGUAAGGAUAUGUAUUCAGACAUCCUCCGGAUAGAUGGAAGCCCUCUUCCGACUCUCCCUGAAGAAGAAGAGGCUGUUGGUAUAAUAACAAUGGAAGAUGUCAUAGAAGAACUCUUACAGGAAGAGAUAUUUGAUGAGACCGACCAUCAUUAUGAGGAUUUAUACCCAUCAUUUUAUCAUCAAAAUGUUUCAGAAGAUAAAUGUUGAUCAAAGUAUGUAUAUGCAUGUAUGCUUUCAAAUUUUUGUAAAUAGUUUGAGAACAUUCGUUUUUAUGCUCUACCACAAAGAGUUAUGAGUAUGCUACUAAAUUAUAUGAGUAUGCUGCUUCCAGAUUUUGAUUGAUUGAUUAUUGAAUUAAAGAUCUAGUCCAUAAUGGUGUUGUGUUUUA